CAAGGGGCCUGAACUAAGGGGCAAGGGGGGAGAGUCGUUGGAGGGCAGGAGAGGAGGUCAAGGGCAUGGUCUCUUAAAGAGCUCCCUGUUGCAUUCUGGCAACCCCCGAGACGGGGCCGUUACUCGCCAAAUGGUUCUUACUUUCAAAAUAUUUCUAAGUUCUGUCACGAAGACCAGUCGACAUGCACAUCCAUUCCAAGUUGGCGGCUGUGGGGGGCGUUUUGGGACUCUGGCUCCAGCCCGCCGCGGCGCAAGCGCAAUGCGCCGAGGUGCCAUCGACAGAAACGUACGACUACAUCGUCGUGGGAUCGGGCGCGGGCGGGAUUCCGAUGGCGGACCGGCUGAGCGAGGCGGGCCACAAGGUUCUGCUGAUCGAGAAGGGUGCGCCGUCGACGGGGCGAUGGGGCGGGACGAUGAAGCCCAAGUGGCUCAACGAGACCAGCCUGACGCGCUUCGACGUGCCCGGCCUCUGCAACCAGAUCUGGGCCGACCCGACGGGCUGCAUCUGCACCGACGUCGACCAGAUGGCCGGCUGCAUGCUCGGCGGCGGCACGGCCGUCAACGCGGGCCUGUGGUGGAAGCCGCACCCGGCCGACUGGGACACCAACUUCCCCGACGGCUGGCGGAGCAACGACGUCGCCGCCGCCACGGACCGUGUCUUCUCCCGUAUCCCGGGCACCAUCACCCCGUCGAUGGACGGCCGGCGGUAUCUCGAGGAAGGGUUCAACAUGCUGGACCGCAACCUCAAGGCCGUCGGCUGGGAGCAUCUGGUGCCUAACGACCACCCGGACAGGAAGAACCGUACCUAUGGGCAGGCCACCUUCAUGUAUGCGGGCGGCGAGCGGGGCGGACCCCUGGCGACGUAUCUGGUCACGGCGAGCGGCCGCAAGGCGUUCACGCUCUGGAUGCACACCGCGGCAAAGAGGAUUGUGCGCGAGGGGGGCCAUGCUACGGGCGUCGAGGUCGAGUGCAGCGGCGGCGCGUCGGGCCAUGCCGGCGUGGUCAAGCUCGCUCCGGGCACGGGGCGGGUUAUCCUGGCCGCGGGAGCGUUUGGGUCUGCGAAGCUGUUGUUCCGGAGUGGCAUUGGGCCGACGGACCAGCUGAAUGUGGUCAAGAACUCGACCGACGGCCCUACCAUGAUCUCGUCGGACCAGUGGAUCAACCUGCCGGUCGGCUAUAACCUGAAUGACCACGUCGGAACCGACAUUGAGAUUGCCCACCCGGACGUCGUCUUCUAUGACUACUACGGCGCCUGGACCAAGCCCGUCGUUAGUGACACCGAGAGAUACCUGGCCAACAGGACCGGUCCACUGGCGCAAGCUGCCCCGAACAUCGGCCCCAUUAUGUGGGAGAUCAUCAAGGGAAGCGAUGGAAUAUCGCGCCACAUCCAAUGGCAGGCCCGGGUCGAGGGCUCUCUGAACACAUCCAUGACCAUCACGCAGUACCUGGGCACCGGCACGGUCUCCCGCGGGCGGAUGACCAUCACGCGGCAGCUGAACACCAUCGUGUCGACCCCUCCGUACCUCCGCGACGCCCACGACAGGGAGGCCGUCAUCCAGGGCAUCGCCAACCUCCGUGAGACGCUCAGGGACGUGGCCAACCUGACGUGGAUCAGCCCGAAGUCGAACGUCACGACCGAGGCGUUUGUGGAUUCGAUCCCGGCCAUCCCAGCACGGCGCUGCUCCAACCACUGGAUCGGCACGGCCAAGAUGGGCGCCGACGACGGGCGGAGCGGCGGCACGGCGGUGGUGGACCUGGACACCAGGGUGUACGGCACCGACAACAUCUUUGUUGUCGACGCCUCCAUCUUCCCGGGCCACAUCACCGGCAACCCGUCGGCCAUGAUCGUCAUUGCCGCCGAGCAUGCCGCGACGAGGAUCCUGGCGCUGCCUGUUCCUACUAUGUAGUACACAUAAGGCAGCCGGCUGUGUUGUCUGUGUAAAUACCUAGGUACCUAGUCUGUUUCUGGUUGGGUCUAUGCAUUCAUGAUGAUUAUCGAACCUUCUCGGUGGUCAAGCAGGGUUGGGGGCAUGCGGCAUCGCUGGAGAGUCCGGGCCGGUUACCUACCUGCUGAGGUCCCAUUGCCCUGUC